AUGGCUCGCGGCGCAGCUCCUGGCGACGACGACAGCUCGUCCUCGGGCUUCUCCAGCGACGAGGACAUGGCGGACGUGUCGGACCUUCCGUCCACCGCCUCAUACACCCCCAGCGUCCACGUGGAAGUGCUGGACGAGGAGGUCGAAGAGGCCCAAGAAUCCGCGCCAAUCGAUGCCCAAGCCUCUUCCGAGGCCUCCGCAGCGCCCUCCGACGUGCUGCAGUGCUGCCAAGAGGCUGCGGAGCCGAUUCUACGCACUUCACAGCCCCUGGACGUGUCCUACGAGCAGUUCACGACCGCUAUCGCCCACGUGACGUGGCACUGGCCGACCUCCGAGUCCCCAGAGCUCGACAAGAGGCUCGUGGCCUACCAUUCGCUGCGUGCAGAGCUGUACAAGGCCUUCCAGCGGGCUUUCCCACUGACGGAGGACAUGUACACGCAGUGGAUCGGCGACGCAGAAGCCAGAGGAGACGCGGCACUGGAGAUCAAGAAGUUGUUCGAGCUGACCCAUAGAGACUACUGGUCCGUGCCGCUGACACUGCAAUACCUCAAGUUCUUGAGGGAGGAGGGGGUGGGUAACGAGCUGGAGAAGACUAUGGAGAGGGCUCAGAGCACUGUGGGCAUGCACUUUGCCAGGGGUCACGAGGUCUGGGCGUUGUGUAGGGAGCUGACGGCGGAGAAGUUUGAUGACGAAGAGAAGGACGCGGAGCUGAAGAAGGAGAGGGCGAUUAGAGAACUCUUCUGCAAGCAGAUGCAGCUGCCGCUGGACCAGAACGACCUCGUCAUGUCGGAGUUUCGAGCCUGGGACGCGUACAACACGCUGGAUGCUGAAGCUUUGGGCUCGGCCUUUGAGGAGGCGUCGAAGAGACAGAGCAAGCUGUUCGCUCCGUUGAUGAAGAAGCUGCGCGGGUUUGAGGCAAGAGUUAAUGCGGCCCCAGGGACGGAAGACGCCGCAGCGCCGGAGCAGGCGUGGCAGCAGUAUCUGAACUUCGUCAAGCAUCGCGUUGCGCCGUUGAUGUCAAGUGAGAAGGCUGGUGGCGCGUCGGAGCAAGGCCGGCAGCUUGUAAUGUGUCUUUAUGAGCGCGCUGUGGCGGUCAUGUGUCUCAGUCCCUCGCUUUGGGCAAGCUAUCUAGAGUACUUGGAGCCAAGCCAAGACGACGAAGACAACGGACGCAACAACUUCGGAAAGCUGCAGGUGGCUCGACGAGCAGUGCGAAACGUCCCGUUUGACUCGUCCGCUUGGACGGAGUAUCUGAUUGAGAUGGAGCGCCAGAACAAGCCCAAUCAAGCAAUCUCGGAGCUUGUUCAAACAGAGCUGCUAGCUCGCUCGAGUCCGCCCAUGGACCAGUUCCACUUGCUCAAUGUACUGCUCACAUGGUGUGAUUCCGUGCGACGCCGCGCCUCCAUGGCCAUCAUCGACGAUGAUCUCGACCGCAUUGCAGCGGAGUCGCUGGUGGAGCGUGUUUUCUCCGACUGCGAGCAGUUCAUAACGAAGACAUUCCCAGACUUCCUUGACGGCAGAGUAAGGCUGGCAGAGUACCAAGCCAAGUGCUACUGGUUGUUGAUGAACCGUGAAGGCUGGACUCCACCUGACCACAAACAUACAAUGAAGGAGCGCAAGGUAGCCAAGUUCUGGAAGGACAAGCUGGACACAACUCUUGGGGAUCAGGCAGCUUCGUGGAUUGCCUACUUGGAGGCUCUUCGUUACACGAAUGCGUAUCCGGUGGAUAUAAUGCGUUCCAUGGUGUUUGAGAGGGCGGUAGAACGCGUGAAGGACUCGCCGCUGGUUCUCGCGGAGGCGUGGCUCGCCUUCGAGCGUGAAUUUGGCAACUUACGUGGCUAUCUCCGCGCUCGCCGGUAUCACACAAAGCACCGAUCAACAGCCCAAGCAACUGCAAACAUUCAAGCUCCUGCUGCCAGCGCUACUGCGGAUCCAGCACCCGCUAGCGCCGACAAGAAGAUGAAACCCUCGAAGAAACGCAAGGCCAACGCAAGCGAUAAGAGCUCACAAAAGCAACCCCCUCCAAAGCGUGCCAAGGACCAGGAGACCAGCGUUGAGGGAGGUGAUGCUACUACAGCCAUGGAAGUGGACGCGACCAAGAAGGCCAAGAGCGCGGAGAAGAAGAAUGCGCACGAGAGCUUGACGAACGAGCACACGCUCUUCCUGUGUAACGUUGACAAGGAAGCAACUCAACAGGAUAUCGAGGCUCUGUUCCGAGAUAUUCCAACAUUGAAAGAAGUCCGGCUUGUUGUGAAGACGCGUGGUGAUCGCGUCAAGUCUCGCGGCAUGGCAUACGUGCAGUUCACGGACGAAGCGGGCGUCGAAGAAGGGCUUAAGCAAAAUGGGUGUCUGCUUCACGGGCAUCCGCUGCGUGUUGAGCGCUCCAAGCCGCCACUGACUUCGGCGUCUACACCUGGUGGCAAACCUGCGGCCUCGCAGAGCUUUUGGAAGACCGAUCCGUUGACGCUGUACGUUGGUGACCUCAACCGCGAAGACUCGAAGGACCAAGUGACGGAGGAGCAGCUACAGAUCUCUCUCCAGCAGGCGAUGCAGGCAGCAGGUCAGCUCGUGGUGGUCACGCGCGUGUCCAUUUUGAAGGAUCGUCACGGAAAGCUCAAAAACUACGGCCUAGUGGAAGUAGCCGAGCCUGCGCAGGCCGAGUUCUGCCUGGCCAAUGCUUCUGCUCUGCGAGAAAAGCUCGGCGAGCAAGUGACGAUGAAGCCCUCUCGUUUCUCGAUCGCUCACAUUCUGGAGCAGCAGGAGAAGCAGCAGAAGCAGAAGCAACAGCGGAAAGCGAAUGCCUCCGCUACAAUGGGCCGUGGUGCAGGACCGAGCAAAGGAGCUAACGCACCGCACGUGCGGCCGUCAACGCGGCUCAAUCUGCCAUCCAGUGGGUCUGCUACGAGCUUGAUGCCGCGCGCUCUUCGUCGGAAGCUGGCGGCGCAGAGCAAUGCAGCCAAGACGGAUCCCUCGGAGGCAGAAGCUGGUGCCACGACUGCAACGGUGACGCCCAAGAGCAACGAGGACUUCCGCAAGAUGCUGUUCAACAAGUAG